CCGCCGGGGUGGCUACGUGCGCAAACCGAUUUCCCCCCAAAAUUCUACGUCAGUACGUAGAGGCAACCCGCGCGAGCGACCCGCUACGAUCCACCCCCGCGCGUCUUUUGUUUUUGCAAGCCAAUAUUCAUUAAUAAAAACCCAACCCUGUGAAUAAUAACGAAUGUUAUAUUUGUAAUAUAACCUUGUUGUUUCGUUAAAAUUGUGCGCGUUUGUUUUUAUCUGUGCAACUUGAUGAGAUUAAGCUAAUCGUUCGCGUGUAUUGCGUUUUUUGAAUGUGUGUGUGUGAAAAGUGCGUUUUUGGAUUUGGAUGUGUUAUUAAUGAAAAACGGGCGCUAGAGUGAGUGUGCGCGCGCCAUGAUCGCGUGCGUGCGCUGCGACAGCUGACAGGAGCUGCAAGAGGUCAUGUCCACCAAGAAGCACUCGCCGCAAACCAAGCGGUCCGAGGCGCUAAGCGGGCGGCUGUCAAAGUCGGCGUCCGAGCUUUCGUGCGCGUCGCCCGCGUCGCGGACGCCGCCGCCCCGCGCGCGCUCUGCGCACCACGCGCCGCUGUCGGUCGUGCAUCGCACGCAGCACUUCUUUACUAACCUAAAGAGCCGAUGGCAGCGCAGCAGAAGCAGAGAGCGGUGUCCGGCCGGCACGGCGUUCUCACUGGCACCCGGGCAGGAUUCCAGCGGCACCGAGUACGCUGGCGAUGGCAGUUCGGAACACAGCACGCCGGCCAAUUCCCCCAGGAGACGCAAGACUGAUCUAUCGAUGAACCGGCAGGUGUCGACGGACCCGGCGCCGUCCACAUCGGGAACUCCCGCGCACUAUCCGAGACAACCGCCAGCGGAACUGUUGCAAUUGGAACCCGAUGAAUCCCAAAGACACAGAGAGCAGUUACUACGGCAAUAUUCGUUCUUCCAGCUCAGGGUACAUCUGAAGCGGGGUCAGAACCUCGUGGCCAUGGACAAGAACGGCUUGUUGGCAGGCACCAGCGACCCGUACGUCAAGUUCAAGGUGGGCGGGCGUAUGCUGCACAAGUCGAAGAUCGUGUAUCGGGACCUGAAUCCCGUGUGGGAUGAGUGCUUCACGGUGCCUAUUGAGGAUCCGUUUCAGCCGGUGCAGAUUAAGGUGUUCGACUACGAUUGGGGCCUACAGGACGAUUUCAUGGGAUCCUGCCACCUGGACCUCACUGCCCUGGAGCUCGGCCGGACCCAGGACCUGGUGCUGUGUCUGCGGGACCCAAACAAGCCCCAGCAUGACAUGGGGGAGAUCGUACUGAACGUCACGCUCUGGCCGAAGAGUCAGGAGGACAAAGACCAGUAUCUAUUAAAGAACACGCGACUGAGCGACGUGAACAAAAGGCUUAAGGCUCAGAUCUGGAGCUCAGUGGUCACCAUCGUGCUAGUGGAAGCCAAGAAUCUCCCGGCCAUGGACAUGGACACGAGGUCUAGCGACCCUUAUUGUAAAUUUAGGUUAGGUAACGAGAAAUACAAAAGCAAGGUUGUAUGGAAGUCCUUACAUCCGUCGUGGUUGGAGCAGUUCGACCUGCAUCUCUACGACGAUCAGGAGCAGAUACUAGAAGUCACUGUGUGGGACAAGGACAAACAGACCAAGGACGACUUCCUGGGAAGGUGUACAAUAGAUCUCUCCCGUCUAGAACGCGAGAAGACCCACAGUAUGUGGCAAGACCUAGAAGACGGGAAUGGGCAGAUCUUCUUACUGCUUACAAUCAGUGGGACCACGCAGAGCGAGACCAUCACGGACCUCACCAGCUACAAGGAGAACCCGAGAGAUAUUGAGAUCAUUGAGAAGAGAUACACAUGGUACUACCUGAACGAGCAGUCGAGCGGCGUCGGCUGGCUCUGCGUGAAGGUACACGGGGCGAAGGGCCUGGCUGCUGCGGACUUGGGGGGCAAGUCCGACCCCUUCUGCGUGUUGGAACUGGGGAACUCUCGGCUACAGACUCAUACGGAGUACAAGACGCUCGCGCCUAACUGGAUGAAGAUUUUUACUUUCACAGUGAAGGACAUAAGCUCAAUCCUCGAGCUAACAGUAUACGACGAAGACCACGACCACAAAGUCGAGUUCCUGGGAAAGCUGGCUGUACCUCUGCUCAGCAUCAGGAACGGGGAGAAGCGGUGGUAUGCACUGAAGGAUAAGAAGAUGAGGAUGAGAGCGAAGGGGAACUAUCCGCAGAUACUGCUGGAGAUGACUGUGAUAUGGAACCAGUUGAAAGCCGCGAUUAGAGUGGUUAACCCAAAGGAACCAAAGUACAUGCACCAAGAAGCCAAGUUUAAGCGGCAACUGUUCAUCCGCAACGUCAUGAGACUGAAGGCCAUCAUCAUGUGGUUUAUAGAGAUUGGGAAGAUUUUACAAGACUGUUUUGAAUGGGAGUCCCGCGUGCGCUCGUUCUUCGGGCUGCUGGUGUGGCUCGCCUUCUGCUACUACUACGAGAUGUGGAUGCUGCCAUUCCUCAUCCUGGUCUUCCUGACUAGGAACUGGCUCAUUUACAGGCUCACUGUUGAAUACGAAGACACCCGAAUAUUCCAAGCGUUUAAGCCGUAUUUGCCAAGAAUAAGGGGCAAUCCACUAUUACAACCAGUGGAUGAUGAAGACCUGCUAGCCGAGGAAGAUGACGAGGAAGAAGUAGAUAAGGAGGAGAAAAAAUCUCUAAAAGAGAGACUGCAAGCAAUACAGGAGGUGACGCAGACGGUGCAAAAUGCGAUCGGCUACGUCGCCUCAUUAGGAGAAGCUGUUAAAAAUUUAGCGAACUUCACCGUGCCAUAUCUCAGUUACAUUGCCAUCAUCAUGCUGUUUGGAGCUAUGGUGGUUCUCUAUGUGAUACCGAUGCGAUACUUGCUCAUGGCGUGGGGCAUAAAUAAAUUCACGCGCAAAAUUCUCCGGCCACACACGAUACCGAACAACGAAGUUUUGGAUCUGCUAUCGAGGGUUCCGGACGAUGAGAUUUUGUUGGACUGCCGCGAGCUGAAACCCCACACUUCCACCGAGCACCGCCGCGACGCGCGCAAGAAGCACAAGGCGUCAUAACGCGGCAACUUGCGUCGUCGGCUCGCUGACUAUGUCGCCAAGUUGAGGGUUAGGCUCUAAGUUACUUGCCACGGCUUUUGCAUAUGUAUUUAAGGAAUAAUACGACUAGAG